CCCAGCGGCUGUUCGGGUGCCGGGGCAGGGCUGCCCGGGGCAGGGCUUCCCGGGGCGGGGGCCGUGGCGGUGCCGGCACAUUCCAGGCAGGCGCACUGUGCGGUGCGUCGCGUUGGGAGCCGAUGGAGGCGGCGGGGGCGCAGCCGGGUCCGAGCCCCUCGGCGGGGUCGCCGCCGGCAGCCGAGGAGAUCGACAUGUCCCUGGAUGACAUCAUAAAACGCCACAGGAAAGAGCAAACAGAUGCCAGCGCCACAGGGGACAGGCGAAGUCAGCAGGUCAAGAACAGGAAUUCAGCAUAUGGGUACGGGCGGCCCCGUUUCCGUGCCUGGAUGCAGAGGAAUUUGCAAGGACCUAACCGUUUUAGAAGAGGGUUUGGACAACAACAAUACAAUCGAAGACAAUUCAGGAAUACUCUGCCUGGUCCCAGGAGAAGAGCCGCUGCCAUGUUGAAUGGAGUGAGCCCUUUAAAUCGCCAGGCAUCAGCUCAAGAGGGCAACAAGAACAAUGCUUUCGCCAAAAGCAGCGGCAGCGGGCAGCUGGAGGGACGGCAACGGCCACCCCCAGGCCCCAAGAGAUUCAGAGCAGCUGCUGCCAACACCCAGGCUCCAGGGAGAAGGCCUUUCCUACUAAACAGGGGGCCACCCUUCCAGCAGAAGCGGAUGCAGCAGCGGUUCUCCAAAGCCAGCUUUCGGAGAGGGAUGGAUGCUAAUGGAGAAGGGAAACCACCAAGGAUGAGAAGGUGGCAAGUGAAACCCAGCCCUGGAGCAGUUCUGACAGUUUCUGUGGCUAAUCCCCAGGCAGGCCAGAUUGGCGUGCCCGGAUCCAAGCGCCCAUUCCUGCGAAGCCAGAGGCCUCCGCCACGGACAGCCAAGCCUCAGCCCAAGGGAGUGCUGCUGAGAUUCAACUUUCGUGCGAUGGCCAACCAGACCAGCCUGACGCUGGAUGAGAGGUUCUCUGGUCUGAGGAAUAAGAGGCGCUUUACAGCAGCCAGGAGCGCCGGCCGCACGGUCACCAUGCCUUAGCACCACAUGCUCGUCACAGGGACUGCAGUAACAGUCCAGGCCCUGUAAUGGGCAGCUCAAUAAAACUCGAUAGAUUUUCUCUGAGAUAGUUAACGUGGCAAUGUGCCGUCUACUUCCUUGCACGCAGAAUGAAUGAGUGAUUGAGCGCAGGGAUGAGGCAGGAUGAAAGCUGGGGCCAGAGCACAGGGCAGGUGGGACAGGAGUGGGGUGGUGGAUGGGGAUAAGCAGAGAUGGAUUUGCUGGGAGUGCUCUGCUGCAGAGCUGUAGGGCUGGCACCAGCCCUGCCCCUGUGCCAGAGCACUCUAUGCUCCCCAGGGGAACUCCUGCAAGAGGGAAAUGGGACCAGCUCCAAGCCAUACCUGUGGAGCCUUCUCUGCGUUGUCCCAUAUGGCACAGGGUUGAGGACACUGCACCUGCCUGCGUGGGAGACAGAGGAGGGAGCAGAGCAUGUGCAGGGCUGACGGAUGUACCCCAGCAGGGAUGCUCCAGUGCCCGCAUUCCUCAGCAUCCACACAACUGCCCGAUUAGUUGUGCGUGCAGGCAUUCCUGCCUGGAGGUUUGCAGUGUAAGACCCCUUCACUCUGAAAAUGUCUUACUCUGCCCAUAUAGUCAGGCCUGAGCACUUUGCAUUUCUCUUUGGUUUGCUGUGCUGUUCUGACUGCCGCUGCCAGCCCAGUUGCGGGGAUGGGGUGAGGUGUACUGUGCUGCUGGAGCAACUGUCUUUAGCACGGAGCACAGGCAGGCUGCCCCCAGCCCAAAUUAGUUUUUCCAGUGCUGCAGUAGUUCUGCGUUAGGGAUUUCAUAAGUGCAGCUCCACCCGUGCUUAAAACACCAGCACAAUUGACUUAACAGCUGUGGGAAGAAGGCCGGGCUCUACAGCAGUCCGAUAAACAUUGGCUGAGGUGUUAAUGAGCUGGGUCUAGUAAUUUUUAAACGGAGCCCUGCACCAACUGUGAGUCACUGAACCAAUUCUCCACCCACUGCUGCAACCCAGCACCAAAUGCACUGGACACAGCCUGUUACUGGGCUCUAAGCUAUACUUCUGGAAGUAAAUAUUUGAUAGACUGCUUUAUAUUUUACACCGAGCAUUUUUAGCAAGAGUCUGGACUUGGCAUUGGUUUCAUAGGAAUGUAUGAAAUGUUAGUUGAGAAAGUGGUGAUUAUGAGUCCAAUGCGCUGAAUAAAAACAACUAACUUGUCAAA